AUGAACACCCUCCGGGCUAUGCUUCUCUUGGCAGUGGGCCUCUCUGUUGCCCACUCGUUCGACUACAAGGCCCUGAACCAGUUCAGAAACAUGAUCCUGUGCGUGAUGCCCGAGAGCUGGCCCACUUUCGACUACCUCGACUACGGCUGCUACUGCGGACUGGGAGGUUCCGGCACACCCGUGGACGAUCUGGAUAGGUGCUGCCAAGUGCAUGACUAUUGCUACAAUCAAGCCAUGCAGCACUCUGCAUGCUGGCCCAUCCUGGACAAUCCUUACACCGAGCUGUAUGACUACAGCUGUGACAAGAAAAACAAGAAGGUCACCUGUGGCUCAAACAACAACGAGUGUGAGAUGUUCAUCUGCGAGUGUGACAGGAAGGCCGCAGAGUGUUUUGGAAGAGAGCCUUGGAUCCCCGAGCACGAGCACCUGCCCAGUGACCGCUGUCAGUGAAGACAGCUGAGAUAA